CGGGGGAUGGCGAUGUGAUACCAGACCCCCAAGUUGUCAGAUGAUGCACGUGUGCGUCUCGGCCGAGUUCCACAGGCUCAUCAAAAUCCUGAACGGUAUAAGGAGCUUGGUAAGUUCGUGGCUGUAGCUUGUUCUUUGUAAGCUACAGGAACCUCGCGACCAUCACAUUCGAGUUCCGCUUAGUUUGGGAAUGGCUUACCGACUGAGGCCCCUUUCAUCCGCGUAUGCGGAUCUUACGUUCGACGAUACGGAUACGCUUCUUCACCCCAGUCCGUCCGCGUCACCGGAGCAGCUUCUUUCUCCUCGUUACAAACUUCAUCCCUCGAGCUACCAACAAGCGAACCGUCGUGCUUCUGUGCAACAGUCUGGUCACUUUGAAUACCAGUUACCGUACGAUGACGAUCAAUUUCGGCUUGCACCUGGCACGAUGAGUGCAAUCGGAAAAGAGGCUACUCUAAAAAGCUGUUUUUUCGAACUGACGUGGCCACUCCUGCUCGUUAUGGUAUUUGCUUCUGUUGGGCUUAUCUGGUCUUCAAUCGUAUACAUGUCCGACCCGAACAACCGCACCUUUACUACGACCACGUCUGUCAGCCAAGGUGAAAUCGCUUUCAUUGUUUCGGUAGCGUCGUCCAUACUAGGGAUCUUUCUGCUUUACACCGCCGUCAAGAUACAAACCGAAACCAAGUGGGUCUCUGCUGGGAAAGGUAUUGACGCUGCCUCGUUCUCGUAUCUAUCAAAACUUUCAUCUUGGGGCUACCUAAGAGGGGUGUUGCAAAGCCCUUCAGGCAGUGCUGUGUUUCUGGCAACAACCGUCAUUAUCGUUCAAACUGUACUCAUAGUGCUGCAUGCGCUUGGGAACAACGUUGUGUACGGAGAAUAUAGACCCCACCGCGUCGCAGUGGAUUCUGAUGGCUACGCUCCUAACUUGCAGCGGCGAAUGAUAACGGUAGGAGAUAUUGUCCGCAACGCUUCAGAAGACGAUACGUUACUUCCCGUGGGGACAUGGCCUCCCGAACGGAGGACAAAUUUUGAUUUUGGCGCGGACUAUUCGACCAAACCACCGUAGCUUUACCUAUCUAAAGUUUACGCAAACGUCUUAACCAACGUCAUGACAGGAGAUGUUGGCACGUACAGCACCACUCGCUUUCUUGACCACGCCAACGAUACAGAUUUCCAUGUCAAUAU